AUGAAUAACGCCAAUCUUUAUCAACAAAGCAACAGCAUCCAAAAACGAGAUGCACUUGCGUGUUUAGAAAAACACGCACCAAAAAUGAAAUGGAAAAAUAAUAAUAAUCGAAUCAUAGAUAUAGGAUGCGGGGAUGGCACUGUUACAAAUAUGCUGAAGAAAUAUAUUCCGACAGACUUCAAGUUAUUAGGCUCUGACACAAGCGAGAGUAUGGUGGACUACGCUAACAAACAUCACUGCAACGAGCAGACGUCUUUUACGGUGCUAGAUAUCGCAGGCGAUCUACCGGAAGGGAUGAAGGGGAACUUCGACCACGUUUUUUCAUUUUACGUUCUUCACUGGGUCAUAGACCAAAAACGAGCUUUCAAAAAUAUCUUCGAUCUUCUAGACCAAGACGGCGAGUGUUUCAUGAUUUUUCUGGCUUGUAACCCAAUAUACGACAUCUAUCGCAUUUUAUCACGAAAAAACAAAUGGUGUGCCUGGUUGAAAGAUGUGGAGAAAUACAUCUCACCAUAUCACGACUCAGAGGAACCCGACAAAGAAAUAAUGAAAAUGAUGGCGGAAAUUGGAUUUGUUGACAUUGACGUAGAGUGCAAAGACAUGAUAUUUAUGUAUAAUGAUAUGGAUACUAUAAGAAAAGCGGUAACAGCUGUCAAUCCCUUCAAGAUACCAAAAGACGAGUACGAUGAGUUUUUAGAAGAUUACAUUGACGUAUUAAAAAAUAUCGAACUAAUAGAUAAAGUUAACAAUAAUGAUUCCUCUGAAGAUGUCAAGUUUAAUUAUAAAUUACUAGUAGUUUAUGAAAUUUGCAAUCAACUGCUUCGUAGUGACUUGGCAAAGAUGUCUCGACACGGUGACUGUAAGGUUUACGUAGGUGAUUUGGGUAACAAUGCAAGCAAACCAGAACUAGAAGAUGCUUUCUCUUACUAUGGGCCGUUAAGAAACGUGUGGAUUGCCAGGAACCCACCUGGCUUUGCAUUUGUUGAGUUUGAAGAUCCCCGUGACGCCGAAGAUGCUACACGAGGUUUAGAUGGUCGUACCAUUUGUGGACGUCGUGCUCGUGUUGAAAUGUCCAACGGAGGGCGAGGAUAUGGGGGCCGAGGACCACCGCCUCGAUCUCGGGUGCCACCUCGUCCUUACGAUGACCGUUGUUACGAUUGUGGAGACCGAGGACACUAUGCUCGAGAUUGCACACGCCGUCGUCGCCGAAGCCGGUCGAGGUCCCGCCGACGCAGUCGCAGUCGUUCCCGCUCGCCACGUUCCGGCUCUCGCUCCCGCAGCCACAGCCGGUCCCGCUCCCGCUCCAAGGGUCGCUCCAGGUCACGUUCAAGAUCACGUUCCCCAUCCAAAGAUUCCAAGAAGUCAAAUUAA